CUGGGAGUGGUGGCUGAGGAAGACGAGGAGGGUGGUGACGACCAUGAUGGUGAGGAGGAAGAGGAGGAGGAGGAGGAGUUGCAGCCCCGGGGGGCUGUUGGAUUGCCGGAGCCGCUGCGUCCCUCGCCAAGUGAAGGCAUGGUUGGGGCACCACCUCGCAUGCAGCAGUACAAGCAGCAGCAGCAGUACAAGCAGCAGCAGCAGUACAAGCAGCAGCAGCAGUACAAGCAGCAGCAGCAGCAGUACGGGCCACAGGCACCUUCAUCGCAGCAACAGCUACCUCAGCAGCCCCAGGGGCAACAUGCGCCUGAUGUGGAUGCCGUAGCAGCGAGUGAAGGACGCUCCAUGCGUCGCAGCGUAGUGCUGGACUUUGGGAAGCUGGAGUCAGUGCCUGUCAACUCGGCAACGCCCCCUGCGGACGAGGCUCCAGCCGCCGAGGAAGGGCAGCAGGCUCACGACGGGGCCCAGGGCGGGGACCAUGCAGCAGAGCCGUGGGGCGGCUGGGCGAAUGCAGACAUCCUGAGCAGCACUGGCUACAACAGCGGCGGCGCCAAGGCGUCCGUGAAAACCAAGGCCCCUCAACCCAGGCGGACACCGCCGCGGCCACGGCAGCCCUCCGCGCUAGGCGCCCGGGCCCGCAUGGAGAUGUCCUGCGCCCUAGAGCCCACACCGGCCGCAGCCACAGCGCAACGCAACGCAGUCCUGGUGGCUGCUGCGAGGACUACUUACGUUGCCGGUCAUGCGACCGCAGCCGUCAGUUCGGGUGCUGCCGCUGUCGCUAUUGAUGAUGAGGAGGAGGUGGGGGGCCGGGCAGCUCCCCGGCCCGCGCUGGCCUGCUUCCGGGGCUUCAAACCCACCCACGCCAGGAUCAUGCAGCAGCUGCGGCAGAGGAAACCCACAGUGCCCUCGCAGCAGCCCCAGCAGCGACCGGACAACGCCGGGUGGCCUGAGGCGGCCGCUGGGAGUGAGGAUGCUGCUGAGAUGGAAGCAGGGACGCCGGUUAGCCGCGCCGCUCCUGCUUCAGGCGAGCUGGACUCAACGGAAAGCCGCCUGCACUCACCUGCGGUUCUCCUGGGGUCGCCCAAUGGCUCUGUAAUGACCCAUGGGUCAUUUCCUGCUAGGCAACCCGCCACCACCGCCACCGCCCACCAGCCCAGCCGCCCGCAAUCGCAACACCAUCAGUCGGCAAAGCCUACACCCGGCAUGCGCCCUGCCAUCACCACCACUGCUAGCGCCGCCGGCAUUCCCGGCCAACAGCAUCAUCAACACCCCCAGGACCCGCACCGCCACUUGCAGCACCUCCGGCAGCAACGGUUGAAGCAGUACCAGCUGCGGCGAGGCGGCAAGCAGCACUCACCAGGCCAAGGCCCUGCCGCCACCGCCGCCGCUGCAUCCAACAGCACCCAGCCCCCUGCCAACCAUGCUGCAGGGACGAACAGUUACGGCAUCGCGCGCGGAGGUCAUCAUCAUGCGACAGCAGCCAGGGUACUCGUCGUCAAGAGAGGCUCCAAGCCCAGUAUGCUGCCGCUGGCGGCAGCCGAAGCAGACCCCGUCAUAACUCAUGAUGCGGUGAUGGACCCCUCAGGACCGCAAGCAGAGCCCCCAGGGCCUGACGAGCAGCAGGACGAGCACUACAACGACGACGAUGACAUCGGGGACACCGGGCCGCAGCCGCAGCCCUGGCCGCCGCGGGGACCCCCUCAUGCGCCUCAGUUCGGCUCCUCCGCGCUGCUUCUUCGCAAGAUGCAGGCGCUGGAGCGAGUGCUCGCGGAGCCGCCCAAGCAGCCCUCCUCGCCGCUGGCGGGGCAGCGGGGCGGGGCAGGCGCAGCGGGACGUGGCCGGGCGCCAGACAUGGCGGCGGCCGCGGCUGCGGCGGGCAUGAGCGAGGCUCAACGGGAGGAGGCGAUACGGCGAGCGGCUACUGCCGCCGCAAAUGUGCCGCCAGAAGCGCAGCUCUAUCGGGAUCUGCCCGCGGUGGACUUCCAGCCGCCACAACCGCUAAAGGUUGCCAAGCAGCUGCAUCCCGGCUGGGUGGCGUCACGGCAGCUGAGGCCGGAGCUGGGCUCCCUGUGGAGGCCUGGGGACCAUGUCUCGGAGGUGUGCAACACACGCGGCGUUGCCACCUACGUUCCGCCCUCUCCUGCCGAAGUGGCAACCAGCCUGCUAAAGUUCCACUGGUGCUGACAUGUCAAUGAACAUGCAAAGCGCGCAAGGCCCAAAUGGCUGCACGCUGUACACAGUUGACGAAGUUGGACGAGCGAGGAGAUUGAUACCGAUAGACGGGCCAGGACGGGCGCCCCUUUACAGUGGCAGGUUACUAUGGGCCUCUCUGCCGUAGCACGUUGUUAAAAACAUUCCGG